AUAUUUCGUAUUGUUCACGUGUGCGCGUGUAUAUUUUCUUGUUUCUGACACUUUUCUUGCGAGUGGCGAUGAAGUGAUCCAGUUUCAACGUGCGACGAGCUACGUUUCUUCUGUAAAGAAGCAUGGAUCGACGCGGUAUCUUCUCCAUUUCGAUCUUUUGCUUGCUGAUCGCUCUUACUGUCGCCACCGUUACCAGGCCCGAGAAGGCGUCGUUGGGAACAGCGGCGGUUAUAAAUCCUGAGAGAAGAAACGCAAGCAGCGUUAUUAGCCUGGAGGAUGACGGGGUCGCGGUUGGCUCGCGGGUCGAACGGAUCGAGAACGAAGAGCAGGAGGAGGAUUACGAGGGCGAGGACGAGUACGAGGACGAGUUGAAGGCCGUGGCCGAGUCGCACGAGGCGAUGUCGAGGGACGACAUUAGAAAUUCGAACGUCUCCGCGGCACCGUCCACGCCAGGAAUCCCGGACAGGAUCUCGUCUCCCACCAAGAAUUUCGAUUCGCGCGAAGUGAUCGCUGUCAAUAACAGCUCCGACGAAGAUGUCGCCUCGAACGAGGCCAUUACCGACGAGAUCGUCGAUAAAUACGACCAGGAGGUGGUCGAGCUGGUGAAGUACAAGAAGGAGCGGAACCGGAACCACGGCGAGGAUAAUCGGACGAAGACGAAGCGCGUGCCCACCGUGAAGAAGGAGCUGAGCACGCAGAAGGAGAUCCUGAUAGGGAGCAGGAACGAGAGCCAGGUGUCGAAGAGUGUGCCACCAUCGGAGGAGGGCGUGAAUCGAUUGAACGAGGAACUCGAGCCGAUUCGAAGGAGGAACGUGGUCGAGUCGAGCGAGCCGGCCAAGUCGGAGAGAUCGCGAGGGGAGGACGAGAUCGUAGCGGACGACGAUCGAUACUCGAGUAGGAGCGAUGCGAGGAAAUUGGACAAGAGGCAAGAAACGACCCUCAAGGAUCUGAAAUCGUACUUGCUGGCGGGGUACGCGACCAAGCAAAAGCUUCGAAAAUUGGGGACGCGAGAAGAUGCCCUACUGGACGAUUUGCUGCAACUUCUGAUGAAACUAGCCGAAGAUCCGAGGCGAUGGGAACGGCUGCACAAACUACUCGUGAACAGGGAAAACGAGCUGAAGUUGUCUAGAGACGAGUUGGAGCCAGAUAAGCGCAGCUACCAGCCCACCUUGAACCUAUUCUCAACCGAAUCCACGAACGAGUCGAGGAAAUCGCGAAAAAAGUCGAAGAAGAAGAAGAAGAAGCCUAAGCAUCGUCUCUCCACGACCCCCUUGACUUCCGUACCGGCCACACCUCCGCUAUUGACCACCACAGAGAUACCGUGGCAAACGACGCCUGUUCAAUGGCGUCUGAUAGCGGAGAGAUUGUUUGGACCUCCUUGGGAACAAGACGUUCACGGUGAAACCGAACAAGGGACCAGCCACUCUUCUCCGCAAAGUCCAAGAAGCCUGGCCUCUAUCAGAGACCUGAUCGAGGAGGACAAGUCGAACGGGAAGCCAAAGACUUUUCCAUCCGAUAGAAAACCGAUAUUGGCGAACCAAGUUGGCGAACUUGGCAAUCAAAGGCUGAUGCGGUUUGGCAAGAUUGGAAAUCGUCAGCCUGGUCACGUUCAACAACGCAGAGAGUUCGCGAGCGUGUACGACAGGCCUAUAGAUCCGGAACGAAUGCCGGAUUACGACAUACCGGAAACGUAUCAUCGGCCGCGAUACGAUCAAUUGUCACCAGCGAGGGAGCUCGUUCGAGGGCGGGAGGAGGAGGAUGACUAUCGAGGCGACUUCAACGUUCAAUCGGAUGGAUAUCCCAUCGAUCGAGAAUACGAGCAACGAGAUUUCCGGUUGAGCAAGAGCUGGCCCGACCUCUCCUACGGUGGAUACGACCCACCCUGGAGAACCCAGGAGGAACGCCCCCCUUUACCUCUAACAUCCGAGAAGUGGUCUUGGAGGCAACCAGCCAACAAGUAUUGGCCUCAUCGUGUAAACUUCCCACCCGUGGAGAAGAAUUACUGGUCCGCGUUUCGCAGCCAGGACGAGGAGGAGGAGGAGGAGGAGGAGGACGCGAGGAACGAGAAGACGUGGCAACAGCAACGGAACGUUCACCGUUCCUGGAACACCAGGGACAGAUCUAGUUGGCCAGCGGAGAAAGCUUUGAAGCCUGUCUCCUCGUGGCAGCAAGCCGUGGAAACGAGGCCUGCAAAACCGUACGAAGGGAAGAAGGGCGUUUGGGAGAAGAGCAAGAAUCGAUCCGAGGCGAGUAAAUCGGCGAAGGAGGAGGGGGGUGAGAAGGUGGGGAGGCCGCAGAUCACGAUGAAAACUUGGAACAGCCUGACCUCGGACCCGGCCACGUGGCCUCACAAGCUUCCAGGCGCGAAACCGUGGCCGAAGGACGAGAACGGCAAGUCGUACAACCCGAACGCCGAUUUGGUGAAGAAGUUGGGCUUGGACAAGCAGCAGAACGGCGGCCCGUGGUCGAGCGAGGGAAAGGAGGGAUCGGGGGAGAAGGAGGGGAGGAAGGAGGGGGAAGAGGCCCCCUCCUUCUCCUCCGCCGCGUACAAGUCGAGCGACGAGUACAAAGGUGAUUCGAUGAAAUCAUCGUGGCCGAACGAGUGGGCGAAGAAAGUGGAAAGCAUGCAGGGAGACGAUUCGAACGCUUGGAGAAGGAAGUACGAAGGGAAGAAGAACGCGUGGCGCGCGGACGAGGCCGCCUUGCCCAAGAUCCAGUCGGUGGGCGCGUGGGUAAUGGCGGCCGAUCAAUCGACUUGGAAGCCUUACCAGAUCAAACCCAUGGUCUCCGACGAGACUGGUCCCCGAAGAUGGUCGGCCAAGCCUCUGAACGGCAGAUCGGGGAAGAAGGCAUCUUGGACCGAGAAAUCGAACGAAAAUUCCUGGAUGGACAGGUCGGACGACGAUUUGUCCCUGUGGCCCGAGCCGAUCAACGCCGAUCCCUGGCCCGAGAAAUCGAGCAAACCUUGGUACGCAGACACGAGGGAUCUGGACGGUUGGCCGUCCACCGGCGGCAAGCCACCCGGCAAAGCCACCGACUCGUGGAAGGUGAAGGGAGAAGAGUGGUUGGCCAAAAAUCCUGAAUCCUCCGCCUCUUCCUCCUCCUCCUCCUCCUCCUCCUCCUGGAUAUCGAAAAUCCAGGGGGGAGGGGAGAAGAGUUCGUGGGCUGGGAGGGGAGUGGGUGGUUCGUGGUCGUCGAACGAGUCUUGGAACGAGUCGAAAACGAGCGAGGACGCGUCCAAGUUCGCGGGGGACUCGUCGUGGCCCGUGGCGAAGGCGAAGGAGGAGGAGCCCAGCGAUGGCUGGGCGAGGAAGCCGGGCGAGCGGACCGGUUGGAAGAGCCCCAACGAUCUGUGGCAGCAGAAGAUGAGCGAGGAAUGGGGUUACGGGAAGACGAGCUCGACGGGCACGUGGCCCGCCAAGUGGAAACAGUUCGCCUACCACAGGGUGACCGCGGUGCCGAUCUCGAAGCCGGGGACCACGGCCGACGCCGCCUCGUCCAAGUCGAGGAACAACGCUUUCGUGGCCGUGUCCGCGGUCUCCUCGCCCAAGUACGGCGGAAACGAGUGGAGGAGGAACGAGGAGGACGCGAGGAACGAAAAUGAAAGGCGGGGCGGCGAGGAGCAGGAGCGUUCGGGUAAUCAGGUGCAGGUGGGCCUCGAGCGACCCAUCUACGCGUGGAAGAAGGACGCGGGCAAAGGCAAUGGAACCGACCCGCUCGAGAACCAGUUGGAGGCACUCAGACAGAUUGACUUCUGGUCCUACAAAGAGAACGAGGCCGAGAAGAGAUUGACGUCAACGAGAGCAACCACGGAGACAACGUCCUCGACCCCGAAGAACAACUCGACCACGGCCACGAUGCAUCGUCGAGGGCCCCUGAUCACCGAAAAUGGGAACGGCUUGCUCGAAACCAAUCGACGGACGAUCUCGAUGAAAUAGAUCGAGGCUCCAUCCCUAGAUCCUUGAUCUUGCCCAAUGGAUACCGUCUGUUCAGUCGACAAUAGGCUACGCGAAGUCUCCGAGCAAUUUCCAACGACUCUCUGGCCCCCUGCCAAAACAUCCACUGGAACCCUUUUGGCCAGUCACUCUUCGAUAUCGCCCAUAAAAUAUCUUUUUUUUUUUUUUUUUACCUUUUUGUUUUCUUUGUUUUUGUCUCCUUUUUCUCCGUUAAUUAAUCAUCUUG